GCGCCGCGCGCCGCAUCGCUUGCUGGCGACCACAGGUUUAUUGUUGUGCUAUGACUGUCUGUGCGGUAUGAUUGUGUUGAUUCGUAAAGUACCUAUACAGUGGAACAAAGUGCUUAGAUUUUCGUGCAGUGAUCGGUGUGUUGUUAUGUGGUGAUCAUGUCUUCGGUAGUGUGGGAUUUGAUGCCGGUCCGCUGCCGCUGGAUCGAGACCCUGAGACAUUGCGGCAAAACGCUCCUGCGCCGUCAACGCAAGAUUCUUAGACGUAUCAAAAAGGUGUACCUACACAGUUGGCGCUCCGCAGACGAGCUGAACAUGUUGGUGGGUGCGAAGGUGGGCGGCGCCACGCCGCUGGUGAUCGCCUGCAGGAACGGACACUACGACGUAGCCGAGUACCUCAUCGAGAGGUGCAAGGCCGACAUCGAGCAGCCCGGCUCAGUAACAUUCGACGGCGAGACGAUAGAAGGCGCUCCGCCGCUGUGGUGCGCGGCGGCCGCCGGCCACCUCCCCCUCGUGCGCCUCCUAGUCCGCGCUGGCGCGAGCGUAAACUCCACCACGCGCACGCACAGCACACCGCUACGCGCAGCCUGCUUCGACGGACACUACGACAUCGUCAAGUUCCUGGUGGAGAGUGGAGCAGACAUAGAAAUAGCGAAUCGGCACGGUCACACGUGUCUAAUGAUAGCGUGCUACAAGGGUCACAUCCGGAUCGCCAAGUACCUGCUAGCGCUCAACGCCGAUGUCAAUAGGAAGAGUGUUAAAGGCAACACUGCACUACACGACUGUGCGGAGAGCGGGUCGCUACACAUACUCAAGAUGCUAUUACAACAUGGUGCUACCAUGGACGUUGACUCGUACGGUAUGACUCCACUACUAGCAGCUUCAGUAACCGGCCAUACACACAUCGUAGAACAUCUAAUCAACGCAGAAAAUGGCCUAGUCACGCGACAGCAGAGGAUCGACGCUUUAGAAUUGUUGGGCGCCACAUAUGUUGACAAGAGGAGAGAUAUGGUCGGGGCGCUUGCGCUGUGGAAGAGGGCGAUGGACGACCGGUUCCCGUCAGACGGCAGCCCUCCAAUCCCCAAGCCCAAAGACGUGCCCCGCAUCGAGGCCUACGAGUGGGCCGCGGAGCCCUGCGACGCCGCCGCCCUGAGAGAACUGCUGGCCGACCCCGACGCUAUGAGGAUGCAGGCGCUAGUGCUUAGAGAAAGAAUAUUAGGCCCGGCGCACCCGGACACGUCGUACUACGUGCGCUACCGCGGCGCGGUGUACGCGGACGCGGGCCGCUUCGCCCGCUGCCGCGCGCUGUGGCACCACGCGCUCGACAUGCAGCGCGCCGUGCUGCCGCCGCUCAGCCCGCUCACGCAGUCCAGCCUCUACUCCUUCGCCGAGCUGUUCGCCUACAUGCGCGCCGAGCGCGCCCGCCCACCCAACCGCGGUCGCAUCGUCCCACCCGUCACAUUCGAGGACAUCGACCCAGUAUUCAAGAAAGCUCUAUCAGAAAUCCACCGUGGCAUGGAACUACUCAAGUCCAAACUCAGUAUCGACAGGGAGCAGACCUUAAACACCCUACAGCGCGUCUUAGUGAUAGCACUACAUUUAGCAGCAUUGCUGGCGAGGCUAUUGGAGGAACCAGAGUGCACAGAGGAGGAUUCUAGGGCAAUACAUCAAGCUGUAUAUUCGCUAGUCAAGUUGGAUAUCAAGGUGCGGCAAGGCCGGUCGGCGCUGCACGUGGCGUGCUCGGCGGAGGCGGCGCGCGCGCGCGGCGCGUGGCUGCCGGCGCCGGGCGACGCGGCGCCGUGCACGGGCGCGCUGCUGCAGCUCAUGCUGCGCCUCGGCGCGCAGCCCCAGGCCCGAGACGCCCGCGGCGACACGCCGCUCCACCUCGUCUGCAAGCUGAACCCGUGCCCGCCCGACGUGGUCCGCUCGCUGCUGGAGCACGGCGCGCACAUCGACGCCGUGAACUACGAGGGCGAGACGCCGGCCGAGAUCCUCAAGGCCUCCAGCCAGUCCCUCGCCGCCAUCGUGAACCCCCUCAAGUACACGACGCUCAAGUGCCUCGCCGCGCGCACCGUCAAGAACUACAAGCUCCCCUACAGACAUGUCGUGCCGCAGUGCUUGCAUUCUACCAUUAUCAACCAUUGAGCGGACCGAAGCUGUAAGUAGCAGCUACUUUGACGCGGCUCGAAUUCUGUACGUUAGCAGUCUCGCUUUGGAGCUGUAUUGACGGGAAGCGUGUGUUAGUCCUUUGUCUAGUGACGAUGAUUCGAUGUAUUAAACUCCUCUAUAUGAUCUCGUGCCCGGUUACGAACGAUUUGACUUUGUGUUGAAUGCCGAUGCAUCACAAACUUGUACCUAAUAGAUUUUCAUUUAAUUUUGAAGAUUUUGGUAAUAUUGAUAACACAAUUUGAGUUUUAAAUGAAUGCACGAUCGUACAGAGAAGGUGUAUCAUUGAAUUGUUUUUUACACGACAUUUAUAUUGUGAUUUUAUUUGUAGUUAUGUGUAGAUGGUGUGCCGGUGUCUAUACAAGUAUUCACUAAGGUACAUGUUAUGUCUCUGAGGCUACUCGAUCCACUUCCAUAGCGGAGUCGUUUGCACCGAUUUAUCACUGUAUUAUAUCGAUUUGAAAACUAUCAGAUCAAUAUUUAUGAUUUACUUCACAAUGCGGGUACAAGGUUCACAUUUUUAAUUAAUAUUUUAUUUAUAUUAAUAGAUUUUUGGUUCACUGCAAUACUAGGGGAAUAAUACGAAAUUACACGAAAUAUAAUAUAAAAUUGAUGUGAUUGAUAUUGUAAUAUUUUUAAUCGUAAAUAUAACUGUCGCCAUGGGUCGAUUAUAGGUAGCUAAAAUGUAAUGUUUGUAUGUACAGAUUUUAAUUAAUAUUAGCGUGUCGGAGACGCAGAAAUUAUUUAAAAAAAACCAUGGAAAUCAUUCUUUUGAACCCACUUUAUUCUUCAGUUGUGCAAAGUUCAACCGGAACAAAAUAUGUAUAUAUUUGUCUAUUUGUUGAAAAUUAUGUGUUAAAAGCUCAAUUUAAUUCUGGGUUGCUCAAAGUGCACCACAAUCGAGGCUACUUACGUGUGAAAAAAUGCAAUAUUAUCUUGUCUUGCCAACGUAGUAAAACCGUGUAUAUUAAAAUAAUUCUAUUAUACAUCAGAAACAAUGUUGAAUUGACAAUUAUUAUAAUUAAUAUCAAAUUGAUAGACAACAUUUCAAUGUACCGAAUGCUUGCAAUCAGCAAGCCAGCGGAACAAUUAGUUGCAAAAAUAUCUACACUUCUAACCUGCUCAAAAACAUCUGACAACAACUCAAAUACGUUGACAAUAGACUCAAAGACUUUCGUGAGUAGAUACUUUUGCACCUGACUAUACGUAAGUUAUUUGUGUGAUUUUAAAUAUAAAAGCGCGCAAAUAACAAUGAUAAUUGUCAUUAAUAUCCAUGGUCCAUACUUGGCCAUAUUUAGAUAAACUAAUUAUAAUAUAACGAGCGCUUGUAAAUGUAUAUUUCUGUGUAAAAUUAAUUCCAAAUGGGGACUUAAAUAAGAGCUAUGUUAGAGAAAUACGCAUUUAAACUAGUGGUGUCGUGGCAGGCCACAACCACCAAGUGAGGACGCUUCAUUACUUUUUACCAAUUUACAUUUCAAUCGCCGUACAAUUUUGUACUCUGUCGUAAUGUACGAAGGUGUCAUUUGCAUGGUUACUUCGUCACUCUUAUUGGAUGUAAUAUGGGUGUACACAUCUUACUCAAAUAUAUGUCACAUAGAAUCUUAUUCCAGUGUAAUAAGAGCGUAGUACCAUAUUUAUGAGACGAUUCUUUCGAUACAUAUUUUUGCACAUGACUGUACGACUUAGUCAAAUAUCGGGGCUUAUACAAAUAUCAGUGAUUCGAUGUUGAAUGGGAAUUGCUCGCUAUUAUUAUCAAGAUUUAUUGUAAAAUGUAAUGCUAAUGACUUUUCUCAACCCACUGCCAAGAUUCAUAAAUGCUCUAUACUUGCUGCAAAACUAACUGGCGUCCGAAAUCAUAAUGCUAUUUCCUUUACCCUUCUUAAAACCAAGCAAAAGUGAAAGAGAUGGCAUUAUGACCUGCCUCGCCACUUAGAUUUACGGCAAGUAUAGGACUACACUCUCUCAUUGACGAUUAAAGAGACAUCUCAGAGUCAGUAGUGGAAUCACUAAACAUAAUUGAACACAUUAUUAGCUUUAAAAUAGACACUCGUUCAAAUCAAGUCAAAAUCAGAAAUGACUGGUCUAACGUGACAUAUUAUCAGAUAGAACUGAAACAACCGUUUCUUUUAAAAACUUCUCACUAUGAAAUUGAGGUGGGAGCUUGAUGCUCGAUUUAAUCCGUGUUUGGUCUGACGAGUGUAUAAGACCUGAGAGAGUGUAUAAGUUGUCAUUGUAAAUGACCGCCGUGCUUACCGUUCAUUAAAACAGAAAAGUACACCACUCUCAUACAAAAAUGUUUUAGAUCUUAAAUGUUUAUAAGAAAACACUUCAAAGUUGGAUAAUUUUUUUCCUGUUAUCAUGAUCAUGAACGUACCCCGUCUCUUUCCCUACUGCGUUGGAAGAGUAGCGCGUCUGGUUGACUAGUCCUCCUAUUUUAAUUACAUUCAUAAAACUAUACUCAUUUUUUACAUAGUUUAAUCAACGAAUCAUUAAAUUUGUAUUCGCAUUGUAAAAACAAAUUAGCAUAAGUAGACGAUUAGAAAUUAAUAAUGUUGAAAUUGGUAAUGAUUUAAUGAUUAUAAUAUUUAGAUGGGUCAGCCAUUGGAACUGAAUGUAGAUACAAAUGGAAUAUGAUAGUUACGUGUUAGCGCUGUCCACUGUUAAUCGUAAUGCGCGUAUUUCUCAUAGUAUAUUUUGAACGUAGUAUACAUUGCGUGAUUACGUACUAGUUAUUUUUUGAUGAUAUUAAUAAAAAUGCUUUAAAAUAA